CUAUCCACCACAAAUAUCUCCUCUCAUUUCUCCAAGAACCUUCCAGACUCUCUUCACCUUAUAAAUACCCCAUUUUUCUUUCUUCCCUCUCAACCCACAAAACACCAUCAACAAUACAAUUCUCUCUCCUCUAAAACUUCAAUUCCUCCAUUGAAAAAUGCCAACAAGAUCAUCCGGGCCAAUCUCCCAAGAUUGGGAACCAAUAGUACUCCACAAAACCCGCCCAAAAUCCCAAGAUCUCCGAGACCGAAAAGCCGUAAACGAAGCUUUACGCACAGGCAAAGCAGUGGAGACGGUGAAAAAAGGCGUAGCAGGGACAAACAAGAAGGUAACUUCUACGGCGGUGAAUGCUCGGAAACUCGAUGAGGAGACCGAGCCAGCUGCGCUAGCUAAGGUAUCUUCUGAGGUUCGAUUAGCUAUUCAGAAGGCGAGGAUUGAGAAGAAGAUGAGUCAAUUUGAACUUGGUAAAUUGAUUAAUGAAAGGACUCAAGUUGUUCAAGAGUAUGAGAAUGGGAAAGCUGUUCCUAAUCAUAUGGUUCUUGCUAAAAUGGAAAGAGUUCUUGGUGUUAAACUUAGAGGGAAGGGUGGGAAAUGAUCUGAUUUGGUUAAUUGGCGUAAUUAGUAAAUAGUAAUGUUGUAAUGUAAUGACUUAACAAGUUGUUAGAGAUGUAUUCUGCUAUUAGUAUUUAUAAAAUUUCUACAGUACCAUCUCUCAUUAAAACUCA